UUAUUCAUUGCUCCUUACUUAACUUUAAUGUAGAUUUAAACCAGUAUAAUUCUUAAAGAAGUUUAUGAUACCUUUUAGCAAUGAACAAAUAACUCAUUGCUGCGAUGGUUAAUAUAUUAAAACUUAUUAAUCGUCUUAGAAUAAAUUAUAAUAAGGGAUCCAGAUAUAAUAGUAUACAACGAAUGAACAGUAAUGAUAGUGGCAAUAACAAAUUAGACCGCAAAAAAAUCAGAAACUUCAGUAUUGUGGCUCAUGUUGAUCACGGCAAGAGUACAUUAGCUGAUAGAUUGUUAGAAAUAACAGGUGUAAUUAAACCUAGCAAUGAAAAUGCACAGGUUUUGGAUCAGCUACAGGUUGAAAAAGAAAGGGGGAUCACAGUUAAGGCUGUUACCGCAUCUCUUAACUAUACGUACAACAAUGAAUCAUAUCUAUUGAAUCUUAUUGAUACUCCAGGCCAUGUUGAUUUUUCAAAUGAGGUUGUUAGGAGUGUAACAGCAUGCCAAGGAGUAGUUCUAUUAGUUGAUGCCAAUGAAGGAAUACAAGCACAAACUGUAGCUGUACAUUCAUUGGCCAAAAGGAACAAUUUAACUAUAAUACCAACCUUGAACAAAGUUGAUUUACCAAGAGCUGACCCUGAUAAAGUCAAAUCACAGUUAAAUUCUCUCUUUAAUAUUGACCCUAAUUUAGUUUUAAGUGUGUCUGCAAAAAAAGGUUGGGGUGUUAAAGAGUUAUUAGAAGCUAUUAUUACUCGAAUACCUCCUCCAGAUGUUGAUCCAAAUGCCCAUUUCAAAGCACAUAUUAUAGAUACAUGGCAUGAUAAAUACAGAGGUGUGCUAUGUUUGGCAUAUAUUCAUGCUGGCAGUGUGGAAAUUGGACAAGCAGUGAAAUGGCAGUCAAGUACCAAACAGCAUGCAGUGAAGUAUCUGGCAAUGUUAAGACCAACUGAAGAACCAAUCAAUAAAGCUAUUGCAGGGCAAGUUGUAAUGGUAGGUCUUGGUCCAAAAGGCGGAGGUAGCGUGGGAGAUCAUCUUCUAUCAGUUGAAGUACAGGAGAAUACACAAAGCAGUCCAUUGCAAGCAAUAAAACAUAUGGUAUAUGCUGGAAUAUUUCCCGCUGACCAAUCCCAACAUGUGUUUCUCAGUGAUGCUAUCAAAAAGUUGGCUUUGAAUGACUCUGCUGUCAGUGUAAAUGUUGAUUCUAGUCCAGCAUUAGGUCAAGGUUGGCGCGUUGGCUUCCUAGGACUACUGCAUCUUGAUGUCUUUACACAGCGGCUGUUACAAGAACACAAAGCUGAGGCAAUUCUCACUGCACCUUCUGUACCAUAUAAAAUUAAGUUAAAAGGCGCAAAAAUCAUCAAGCAGUACAAAAGUAAUGAGAUCAUUAUAACAAAUCCAUUACAAUUACCGGAACCCCAACACAUUGAAGAAUAUUAUGAACCUUUAGUAAUAGGCACAAUAAUAACUCCAGUGGAGUACAUAGGCGCGGUGACAACGCUCUGUAUGGACAGACGCGGAGUACCGCUGCCAUCCAAGGCGCUGGACGAUCAAAUGACGUUGAUGCAGUUUGUACUACCUUUAUCUGAAGUUGUGAUUGACUUCCAUGAUACAUUGAAGAGUAUAACGUCAGGAUUUGCCAGUUUUGACUAUCAAGAUCAUGGAUUCCAUGCUAGUGCUUUAGUGAGGUUGGAUAUUCUUCUCAACGGCACUUUAGUGGAGGAAUUGUCAAGUAUAGUCCAUACAUCCCGCCUCCAGUACAGCGCCAGAAGAUUGACUGAGAAACUGAAGGAAAUGAUACCGCGACAGAUGGUGCAGAUCGCAAUCCAAGCAGUCGCUUCAGGGAAGGUUUACGCUCGAGAAACAAUUAAAGCAUAUCGAAAGGAUGUCACCGCAAAACUGUAUGGCGGCGACGUGACUCGUAGGAAAAAGCUUCUCAAACAACAGGCUGAGGGGAAAAAGAAAAUGCGUAGUAUAGCUAAUAUAAAAGUUCCUCGAGAUACUUUUAUUGAUGUAUUAAAGAGAUAA